UAAUAAUCGAGGUUAUUAUUUUCUCAGUGGUGUGGGUGUUUAUUUAAUUGUAUUCAAUAUUUAUCAUCAUAGAUUAUUAAUUGAUAAAAUAACAAAAACCACAAAGUAAUAAUUCCGAAAAAAAAUAAAUAAACCAAAUUCUAUUUUUGUGCCUGAUGUAAUUUUUUUUUUUCUUUUUACUCGUGUUUUUUUACUCCGUUUUUCCAUAUUAGAUUAGUCACAGCUGACGUGUAUUUUUUUUCAUUCACCAUUUGUUAAUUGUAUUUUCCUUUGUCUAGUUGGAUUUUAAAAUUUCAAAUUGUUAAAUAGAACAUAAGUGGACCAAUUAAUAUUCAUAAAUUUCAUAUAUUAAAAUCAUAAUUAAGUGUAUUUUUCAAUAUGCCAUCAUCAUCAGAAAAAUCCUCUAAAUUUGAUCCAACUGAUUUAAUAAGUAUGUCAGGAGAACGUGGUGGUGCUGCUGGUGCACCAAGUACAAAUAUCACUGAAAAUGAACAAGUUAAACAACGUUGGAAUGACAUACGAAAAUCACCAAAUGACAAACGUGAUUAUCGUGGAUUAAUAUUGUCAAAUGACAUGAAAAUAUUGUUGAUAAGUGAUCCAACAACUGACAAAAGUGCUGCAUCAAUGGAUGUUAAUGUUGGUCAUAUGAGUGAUCCAUGGGAUGUACCAGGUCUUGCACAUUUUUGUGAACACAUGUUAUUUCUUGGUACUGAAAAAUAUCCAAAUAAAAAUGAAUAUAGUUCAUUUUUAUCACAAAAUGGUGGUGUAUAUAAUGCUGUAACACGUUCAGAUAGUACAAAUUAUUAUUUUGAUGUUAUACCAGAACAAUUAAAUGGUUCACUUGAUAGAUUUGCACAAUUUUUCCUAUCACCAUUAUUUACUGAAUCAGCAACUGAAUUAGAACUACAAGCUGUUGAUUCAGAAUCAGCUAAAAAUAUGGCAAAUGAUACAUGGCGUAUUGAUCAAAUUGAUAAAUCAACAGCAUUAAAAAAUCAUGAUUAUUCAAAAUUUGGUACUGGUAAUGCACAAACACUAAGUGUUGAGCCAAAAAAUAAAGGUAUUAAUGUCAGAGAUGAAUUACUUAAAUUUCAUAAUCAUUGGUAUUCAUCAAAUAUAAUGGCAUUGAGUGUUCUUGGUAAAGAAAGCUUAGAUGAACUUGAAAAAUUAGUUGUUGAUUUAUUUGUUAAUGUCAAAAAUAAAAAUACAGAAGCAGCUGUAUGGACAGAUCAUCCAUUUAAUGAACAACAUUAUAAAAAAAAAUUAUACAUUGUACCGAUAAAAGAUGUACGUAAUUUAAAAAUGAUAUUUCCAUUACCUGAUCUUGAUAAAUAUUAUCAUUCAGUACCAAGUCAGUAUAUAUCUCACUUACUUGGUCAUGAAGGAAAUGGUUCAUUGCUAUCAGCAUUUAAAAAUUUUGGCUGGUGUAAUUCAUUAGUUGCUGGACCUAAAAAUACAGCACGUGGUAAUGUAAAUUUUUUUACAGUCAUUGUUGAUUUAACUGAAGAAGGAAUGAAACAUAUUGAUGAUAUUAUAAAAUUAACAUUUCAAUAUAUUAAUAUGAUUAAAUCAAGUGAACCACAUGAGUGGAUAUUUAACGAGUACAAAGAAAUUGCACAAAUGGAAUAUAAUUUUAAAGAAAAAAAACAGCCAAGAGAUGCUGUUAAAAUAACAUCACGAAAUUUACAAAAAUAUCCAAUUGAUGAAUUAUUAUCAGUACCAUAUUUACCAACAGAAUGGAGACCAGACUUGAUUAAAUCUUUGUAUGAUUAUUUGUUACCUAAAAAUAUCAGAGUACACAUUGUAGCACAGGCAUAUGAUGGAAUUGCUGAUAAAACUGAGUACUGGUAUGGCACAAAAUACUCUGAAGAAUCAAUUCCAGAUUGUAUUAUAGAAAAAUGGUCUGAACCUGGUUGGCCAGAUUAUUUAAAACUACCAACUGUUAAUGAAUUUAUUCCAAAAAAUUUUGAUAUUAAACAAGUUGAUGAUAGCAGCAAUAAAACAAAUAAAUAUCCAGUUAUAAUUGAUGACACAUCAUUAAUGCGUGUUUGGUUUAAGCAAGAUGAUGAAUUUAAAGUACCAAAAUUAAAUAUAACAAUUGAUUUUUCAAGUCCAUUAGCAUAUGCUGAUCCAUUGAGUUAUAAUUUAACAUUUAUGUAUAUACAAUUAUUUAAAGAUUCAUUAAAUGAAUAUUCAUAUAAUGCUGGUCUUGCUGGUUUAAGCUGGGAAUUAAGUAGCAGUAAAUAUGGUGUUGUAUUAUAUUUUGGUGGUUAUCAUGAUAAACAUCGUAUAUUGUUAGAUAAAAUAUUAGAUAAAAUGGUUAAUUUUAAAAUUGAUAAAAAAAGAUUUGAUAUAUUGAAAGAAAAUUAUAUAAGAUCAUUGAAAAAUUUUGAUGCUGAACAACCAUAUCAACAUGCUGUUUAUUAUUUAGCAGUAUUACUUGCUGAACAUGUAUGGACAAAAAGUGAACUGCUUGAUUACAGUGAUGAUAUUACAAUUGAAAAUCUUGAGCUAUUUGUUCCACAAUUGUUGCAAAAAAUGUUUGUUGAGUGUUUGCUACAUGGUAAUAUUACUGAAUCAGAUGCACUUGAUACAACAAAAAUAAUACGUGAUAAAUUAAUGACAAAUAAAAGACCAAUAGUGCCAUUAUUAGCUAAACAAUUGAUGCUUUAUCGUGAAAUAUGUCUUGAUAAUGGCUGUCAAUUUUUAUAUGAACUUGAUAAUAUACAUCAUAAAUCAUCAUGCACUGAAAUAUAUUAUCAGUGUGGUGUACAAUCAACUGAAAAUAAUAUGAAUUUAGAAUUAUUGGUACAAUUAAUAUCUGAGCCAUGUUUUAAUGUAUUAAGAACAAAAGAACAACUUGGAUAUAUUGUAUUUAGUGGUGUAUUACGUACAAAUGGAGCACAAGGUUUAAGAAUUAUUGUACAAAGUGAUAAACAUCCAAAUUAUGUUGAAAAAAGAAUUGAUGAAUUUGUAAAGUCAAUACUUGAUAUUAUUAUUGAAAUGUCUGAUGAUGAAUUUGCAAGACAUAAAUCAUCAUUAGCAUCAAAACGUCUUGAAAAACCAAAAACAUUGUAUAAUUUAUCAUCAAUUUUUUGGGGUGAAAUAUCAACUCAUCAAUAUAAUUUCGAUCGUGCUAAUAUUGAAGUGUCGUAUCUCAUGACAAUUAGCAAAGAACAAAUUAUUAAAUAUUUCAAGGAAAUGAUUGACUGUGAAUCACCAUGUAGACGUAAAUUAACUGUACAUGUCGUUUCAAUGGCAAAUGGAGGUGCAGGAACAAUGGAAAAUAAUGAUGAAACAAUUGAAGACACAAAAGUUGUUAAAAUAACAGAUGUUAAUGCAUUUAAAGCAAGUCAAUCACUUUAUCCAUUGAUGAAACCCUUCAAUGAUGUUCCUCAAAAAGGACAAAAAUCAAAAUUAUAAAUAAUAAAUUGAUAAAAAAAAAUAUUUUAACAAUUUUAAAAUAGUAUUAGAAAUAUUAAAAUUAUUUCUAAUAAAACCACUUAAUAAUUUAGAAUUUUCAUUAACUAAUUAAUCAAAUUUACAAUCACCAAUCACAGUGGCAAUAAUGAUUAUGUGUGGCAAUCAUGAUUCUUUUUUUUUUUAAUUUAGAAAUUAUGUUAAUUAAAAAUUUUGUAUAAUUUUUUUUUUUUUAUUUACACAUUUCUUUGAUAUUUAAUUUUAUAUUUUAAUAAAGUUUUAAAAAUGUAAAUAAUUAUUUUAAUAUUGUCAUGAAAUUAUUUCUCCUGAUGAAAUUUAUUAUUUUUUUUUUCAAUCAAAAUAUUAGCCAGCUUCAGAGUAAUAAAAAUUAUAAAUAAAUUGUACAUAGCUUAUCAUACACAUACACUUAUAUCGAGUC